AUGGUGGCUGUCUUCGUCACCGUACUCGGUGUCAUGAUGAUGAUGAUGGUGCUGGUGGUCCUGCAGCCACUGCGCCGCGCGCCCCUCCUGGUAAAAAUAGCGCAGCAACGACGAGAUGAGAACGUCUCGGUGGCGCUUACGCAACGCGGCGAAGAGGUGUGCGUGCACGCACUCCACCGCCUGCGGCCCGGCAUCAGCGAGCAGAGCGCUGCGCAGCACGUCCACCCCACAGGCAUCGUGCAGAUCGAAAGCCUUGACGAUGCCCGUAGCAGCGCUGGCCGAAACAACGUCAGCGUAGCGCUCGCUGAGCACGGCCACGCACUCUAUGGCAGCCAGCCGCACCACCUCGCUUUGCGGAUCCGCCGCAAGUGCCGUCAAGGUACCAGCGUAUCUAGACGGCGGCAGCAGCCCGCCCUGCGUGCACAACUGCAUCACCUCAAGUGCGAGCUGCCGCACCGGCAGGGAGCUGCUCUCGCACAGCCGCAGCACCUCCCCGUGAAACUGCUGCAUGACCCAGGUCGCCAUGCCACUGUUCUGCUCAUCCACACACGGGGCGAUGUCGACGUGCAGCUCCUCAUGCCGUCGACGCUUUCGCUUCGACGGUGA